AUGAGCUCCAAAAAGUACGCCUUCCUGCCCAUGGGUGAGGACGAGGUGGGGCCUCAGAAAGUCACCAAGGAGAAGAAGCACAAGCACCGCCAUCGCGACCGAGACGACAAGUCCUCUUCCCGACAUUCCAGAUCGCGUCGCGACCGCAGCCGUAGCCGCGAAAAGUCCCCCGGCCGAGGGUCAUCCCACACCAGCCGCCCGAAGCAGUACCGCCGUCGCGAUGGAGAUGCCGACCCUGACGACAGAUGGGGAGACGAGGAGCCGCCUUCCGACGACCCGGAGGAGGAGAACGAGCCUGAGUUUGAAGAGUCGGCAAGCAAGAGGGUUAAGCUAAGCCACGAUGACGUGAAGGAGGAGGACUUGUCCGACGGGGCCAAGGAGGAGCUGGAGCGUCGCAAAGACAUUGAGGAGCGAGAAGCGUUUGCGAAGCGACUCAGGGAGAAGGAUGGCGGCCGAUCAAAGAAGAACGACAAAGACACCGAAUCAUCAUCGAGGCGAAAGUUGGCAGAGGACGCCGAGGCCAGAAACAAGGCGCUACCUGACAUCCGUGAGAGGUCGCGACAGGAAUAUCUAAAAAAGCGAGAGGCAGAGCGCCUGGCUCUGCUGAGGAAACAGGUAGCCGAAGAGACUUCCGAGUUGAGGAGCGGCGUGAGAUUGUCCGAGAUGGAGAAGGCCGAGUUUGCAAAAAACCGAGAGAUUCUGCGCUUGGCCGAAGAGCGUCUGAAGAUUGACGACUACCGCGAUGGCUACAUGAUGCCCGAGGAUUAUAUCACCGAAAAGGGGAAGCUGGAUAGUAGGAAGAAGGAGGAAGCGCUCUACAAGCGCUACGUCGAAAAGGACGAAUUCGGUCAAGAGAAGUUUGUCACAGAACAUGAGGAAUGGGAACGAGAACAGACCUCGAAAGCAAAGGCCCAGAUUCAACGCGCCGAGCGAGAGAACGAAGACUACGACUACGUCCUCGACGAUGCCCAGUAUAUCCAAUGGAACCUGGAUUCCCGGAUGGCAGGCGAAGAUCAGACCAUGACCAAGGAACAGAAGUUCUUGGCGGCCCAGAUCGAUGCUGCAGAGAAGAAGGCGUUGUCCAUUCAGGAAACGAGAAAGAGCUUGCCGAUUUACGCGUAUCGUGACGAAUUUCUUGCUGCGCUAGAGACUCAUCAGGUAUUGGUCAUUGUCGGUGAGACUGGUAGUGGAAAGACAACACAGCUGCCGCAAUACCUCCACGAAGCAGGCUAUACGAAGAACGGCCUUAAGGUGGGAUGCACGCAACCUCGACGAGUCGCCGCCAUGAGUGUGGCGGCGCGUGUUGCGGAUGAAGUGGGUGUCAAGGUCGGAAACGAAGUUGGAUACACGAUUCGUUUUGAGGACUGCACAUCCGAUAAGACUGUCUUGAAGUACAUGACUGACGGCAUGUUGCUGCGAGAGUUCAUGACUGAACCAGACCUGGCAGGAUACUCGGCGCUCAUGAUCGACGAGGCUCACGAACGGACAGUUCACACCGACAUCUUGCUUGCUCUGGUCAAGGAUCUGUCCCGCGAGCGUAAAGAUCUGAAGUUGCUGAUUUCGUCGGCGACGAUGAACGCCGAGAAGUUUGCACAGUACUUUGACGAUGCACCCAUUUUCAACAUUCCUGGCCGACGAUACCCUGUGGAUAUUUACUACACACCGGCUCCGGAGGCAAACUACCUGGCUGCGGCCAUCACCACGACGUUCCAGAUUCACACAACCCAAGGCAAGGGCGAUAUCCUCAUCUUCUUGACCGGACAAGAUGAGAUUGAAGCGGCUGAACUGGAGAUUGCUGAGACUGCGAAGAAACUUGGCAGUCGCAUCAAGGAACUCGUCAUCUGUCCGAUUUAUGCAAACUUGCCAUCCGAGCUGCAGUCCAAGAUCUUCGAGCCCACGCCAAAUGGGGCCCGCAAGGUGGUCCUAGCCACCAACAUCGCCGAGACGAGUUUGACCAUCGAUGGCAUCGUCUACGUCAUUGAUCCGGGUUAUGUCAAGGAGAACGUUUACAACCCAGCGACUGGCAUGUCGAACCUGGUCGUAGUGCCUUGCUCUCGAGCAUCCGCCAACCAGCGCAGUGGUCGAGCUGGUCGUGUUGGCCCAGGAAAGUGUUUCCGGCUGUACACCAAGUUUGCCUACAUGAACGAGAUGGACGAGUCGACAACGCCAGAAAUCCAGCGGACCAACCUGAACGGAGUUGUCCUGCAGCUGAAGUCGCUCGGAAUCAACGAACUUCUCGAUUUCGAGUUUAUGGAUCCGCCACCGACGGAAUCGCUCAUUGGCGCGUUGAACCAGCUCUUUGCCCUCCAGGCAUUAAAUCACAAGGGAGAAAUGACCAAGCUGGGCCGCCAGAUGGCUGAGUUUCCAACCGAUCCUAUGCUUGCCAAGGCCGUUCUUGCAGCAGACAAGGAAAAGUGCGUGGAAGAGGUGCUCUCUAUCGUUUCAAUGCUGAGCGAAAGUUCGGCGCUCUUCUUCCGUCCCAAGGACAAGAAGAUCCACGCAGACAGUGCUCGCAACCGGUUUACCGUCAAAGAUGGAGGUGAUCAUCUCACCCUGCUCAAUGUCUGGAACCAAUGGGUGGACAGCGACUUCUCCCCCGUCUGGGCCCGCGAGAACUUCUUGCAGCAGCGGUCCUUGACUAGAGCGCGCGAUGUACGAGACCAGUUGGCCAAGCUCUGUGAGCGAGUCGAGGUGGCACCUUCGACGUGCGGAGCAUCAAACCUUCGCCCUAUCAAGCGAGCCAUCACGGCUGGUUUCUUCCCGAACGCGGCGCGCCUGAUGAGGAGCGGUGACAGCUACCGAACUGUCAAGAACAACACGACGGUUUGGAUCCACCCCAGCAGUGUGCUGAUGUCGAUCGAUCCUCCGGAGAAGAUGGUGGUGUACUUUGAGCUGGUGCAGACGACCAAAGAGUACAUGCGCAGCGUGAUGCCCAUCGAGCCGGUGUGGCUGGCGGAGUUGGCGCCCCAUUUUCACAAGAAGAAGGAUGUUGAAGAGAUGGAAGAGAAGAAGAUGCCUAAGCGAAGAUGA